CUGUUUCACAGUGGACGCCAUUUUCUUGGAGUUCAAAGCGCAGAAGAGACACUCUUGGUCUCCGGGCAAAUGGCCGGCUCCGCCUACGCCAGAGCGGCCCCCGCCGCUUCUGUAAUCUGUUUGUGUCUCGGGUGCGUAGCGCCUGGUGUGACGUCUCGCUGUGUCCAGUGUGUCUCGGUGGCCGCAGCUCGGGACUGUCGGUUCCCCGGAUCCCGGUUUCCAGAGCGGGAGACGUGGGAUACGCGACGGGGAGCGCGAGGACUCGGAAUUCUUGUCAGCAGUGCCGCUCUGGCGGGAUGGCCGCCAUUUUGUGAGGAAGACUGGGCCCCGGAGAAGAGGGGAGCCGGGCCCCAUGUGAGUGUUUGUCCUCAAAGCUGCGGGCCCCUCAGAGCUGGGGGAGCCGUGACCCCCGAGCACUCUGUGCACAGGAAAAGGAAGAAACUGCCCAUGGGAAGUUUAUCUCCCCGAAGGAUCCCGUAGAAGCCGGCUGCCAUCAUGGAUGAGCAGCAGGCUCUGGACUCAAUCAUGCAGGAUCUGGCCGUGCUGCAUAAAUCGAGCCGGCCGGCCGCCGGCCUGCAGGACGCGGUCAACGCCAAGUCCACAUCUCCCAAAAAGCAGAACGACGUGCGAGUGAAGUUUGAAUUUCGCCGGGAAAAGAGAAUCCUGCAGUUCCCCCGUCCGGUUCUCUUACAAGAUGUUUUCGCCAAGGCGAAGGUGGCGUUCGGGCAGCGCAUGGAUCUCCAUUACAGCAAUAAUGAGCUGGUAAUCCCAUUAAAAACGCAGGAUGAUUUGGACAAGGCUGUCGAACUGCUGGAUCGAAGCACUCACAUGAAGAGCCUUCGCAUACUCCUGGUGCUACACGGACAUGCGCAGGUUCCCAGCCCCUGUGACAUGGAACGUAUACCUUCCCUGGAAAAUCUGGAUAAAACCGUGGUUGGCAUGAUGGAGAGGACCUGUAAUAUAGCUGGUACUCAGACCAGGGAUAGAAGCUCUCCUCCUCCAGGAUACAUUCCCGAUGAGCUCCACCAAGCUGUCCGAAAUGGGUCCUUCACCAGCAUCAACAGUGAAGGAGAAUUCAUACCUGAAAGCAUGGACCAAAUGCUCGACCCCCUGUCCCUCAGCAGCCCUGAAAAUUCUGGGUCGGGAAGCUGUCCAUCCCUAGAUAGCCCUUUGGACGGAGAGAGCUAUCCGAAGUCGCGCAUGCCGCGAGCCCAGAGCUACCCGGAUAAUUACCAGGAGUUUUCAGAAUAUGACAUUCCAGUGUUUGAGAAGUUUGGAAAGGGCGGCACAUACCCACGAAGAUACCACGUUUCAUAUCAUCACCAGGAUUGUAAUGACGGUCGCAAAACCUUCCCCCGAGCCCGCAGAAACCAGGGCAACAGCUUCCGAUCCCCGGUUAGUUUCAGCCCCACCGAUCACUCCCUGAGUACGAGCAGCGGGAGCAGCGUCUUCACGCCCGAGUACGAGGACAGCCGGCUGAUGAGACGGGGCAGCGACAUAGACAACUCCACGCUGACGGUGAUGGAUAUCAGCCCGCCGAGCCGAUCCCCGCGUGCUCCAUCCAACUGGCGGCUUGGGAAGUUACUGGGACAGGGAGCCUUUGGCAGGGUGUACCUGUGUUACGACGCGGAUACCGGCAGAGAACUGGCUGUCAAACAAGUCCAGUUUGAUCCAGACAGUCCGGAAACCAGUAAGGAGGUGAACGCUCUGGAGUGUGAAAUUCAGCUGCUGAAGAACCUCUUGCACGAGAGAAUUGUUCAGUAUUAUGGCUGCUUGAGAGAUACCCAGGAAAAGACUCUCUCCAUAUUCAUGGAAUAUAUGCCAGGGGGAUCUAUUAAGGAUCAGCUCAAGGCUUAUGGAGCUCUCACCGAGAACGUGACUCGGAAAUACACCAGACAGAUCCUGGAAGGUGUUCAUUAUUUGCACAGUAAUAUGAUCGUCCAUAGAGACAUUAAAGGAGCAAAUAUUCUGCGAGACUCUUCAGGAAACGUGAAACUGGGAGACUUUGGUGCCAGCAAGCGGCUGCAGACGAUCUGUCUUUCUGGAACAGGGAUGAAGUCGGUCACAGGGACGCCCUACUGGAUGAGCCCAGAGGUCAUCAGCGGAGAGGGCUACGGCAGAAAAGCAGAUAUCUGGAGCGUUGGAUGCACGGUGGUGGAAAUGCUGACGGAGAAGCCUCCCUGGGCAGAGUUUGAGGCCAUGGCCGCCAUCUUUAAAAUUGCAACCCAGCAAACGAACCCGCAGCUGCCGCCGCACGUCUCCGAGCAUUCCCGGGACUUUCUCAAACGGAUUUUUGUAGAGGCCAGGCAGAGACCUUCAGCUGAGGAGCUCCUGAGGCACACGUUCGCGCAGUAUCACUAGCGGCUUCGCUUCACCCGGCUCUUCCGUUUUCUUUAUUUGUUCGGGGUUUUUUGUCUUUUUCUUCCAACGGUGACGGCACUUUAAAAGAACGACAAGAGAGAUGAAUAUUUCUCUCGAUUCUCUGAUUUCCAUGGCGACCCGGAGAUCUUGGAUUUAGUUGUGGCCUGGACUUUUUUGAGCUCGAUGCUCGAACCCUUCUGUCAAGGUACCGCUGGGCCUGUCCCCAGUCUGAUAGCACUUUAGUACAUUUCCAUUCCUCGUCCUGCAGUAACAGGAACCCGCUGGUACAAAGGGGCAAACGUGUACAAAUCUACCCCCUGCAAGGCAGCUCUGUUUUUUUCCUUGGGUAGUACAUGCGCCUGGUUCGAGCGCCGCUUGGGAUCAGAGCUGUUUG